AUGAAGUUCUCUACUGCCUCCGCGACUCUUGGCUUCGCCGUCCUGGCCUCGGCCAGACCCGAGUUGAGCAACACCAACUUGUUGAACAACCCUCACUUCAGACGACAGAACGAAUGGGCCCCUGCUGGACCCGACGACUUUCGGGGCCCCUGCCCCAUGAUGAACACCCUCGCCAACCACGGCUUCCUCAACCGUGAUGGCAGAAACCUGACUCAGGAGGUUGUUGUCAACGGUCUGAAGCAGGGACUCAACUUCAACGAGUCUUUGGGAACCCUCAUGUUCCAAAUGGCUACCAUCGCCAACCCAGAGCCUAAUGCCACUUUCUUCACUCUGGAUCACCUCAACCGCCACAACGUCCUUGAGCAUGACGCUAGUCUUAGCCGUACCGACGCUGCUUUUGGCAACAACCACAUCUUCAACCAAUCCGUUUUCGACGAGUCCAGAGCCUACUGGACUGCCGACAUCAUGGACGCCAAGAUGCUGGCCAACAGCAAGAUCGCCCGCCAGGUCACAUCCAGAGCCUUCAACCCCAACUACACUUUCACUGCCACUGUGGAGAACUUCAGUCUUGGCGAGGUUGCUGCCCCCAUCAUUGUCUUUGGAGACAUGACCGCCGGCACUGUCCAGAAGCAACUGGUUGAGUACUUCUUCCAAAACGAGCGUCUUCCCUCCGAGCUCGGUUGGACCAAGAAGGAAGUCCCGGUCACCCAGGAUGAUAUCCUGAAGGUGGUUGACAUGAUCAGCAAGGCGACUAACCUUCUUACUGGCACUGAGGAGGCUGCUCCCCACAAGUUCAAGGCCCGUGACCUGCACACUGGUCUGGCCCUGAUGUCUCAGCUCCAGAAGUAA